AUGUUCGCAGCACUGUGUGUAACUGUAUUGAUAUUAAAAACAAGCCUAAUAAUGGCUUAUCGACCAAUUUUCAUCUAUCAUGGCAUUCUCACCGGUGCAGAUAGUAUGAAUCACUUGGUGGAACGGAUUCAGGAGAUUCAUCCAGAUACGGUGGUGUACAACUUUCAACGGUUCGGUGGAUGGUCUAGCUUGGAAAAUGCCUGGCAUCAGGUGUUGGAAGCUCAGACCAAUCUAAAAGCUAUCUGUGAUCUACAUCCCGAAGAGGGCAUCAACAUGAUUGGCUAUUCUCAGGGGGGCCUUCUCGGACGAGCGGUUCUUCAAACAUAUCCGGACCAUUGCGUUAAAACGUUUAUCUCACUAAGCUCACCACAGGCUGGUCAAUUUGGAGAUGACUUUUUACAUUUAAUAUUCCCCGCGUUGGUUGCUAAAACGGCUUACGAGCUAUUUUACACGUACGUGGGGCAGCACACGUCUGUGGCCAACUACUGGAACGAUCCACACCACCAGGAGCUGUUCGAGCAGUUUAGCAUCUUCCUGCCGUACGUAAAUAAUCGCAUUUUGUCCGUAAAUUCUACGCAAUUCCGUGACACGCUCAUGCGGCUGGACCGGUUGGUGUUGAUCGGUGGACCGGACGAUGGCGUUAUUACACCGUGGGAAUCUAGUCAUUUCAGCUUUUAUAAUCAAACGUACGAUGUGGUACCGUUGCAUGAAAGUGAAAUUUAUACUGAGGAUUUAAUAGGACUGAAAACUCUCGAAGAAAGUGGCCGGUUGCACAUAAUAGUGCGAGAAAACGUACAUCACUAUCAGUGGCAUCGUAAGAAUGAUGUGAUUGAUAGUGUUAUUUUGCCUUAUUUGGACUAG